ACAUGUAGGAUACAACUUAGCCUACAUAUGGGUAAAUAAUGGAUUGUAACUGGGUUGACGUCAAAAUACCUCACGUAGCCGCUUUUUUAAAAUCUUGUCCGCUAGCUAGCGCUACCAAGCGUCAGAUAUGCGAACUGUACUCCAAAACAUUCAAAAUAAAACAAAACUUGCUUUUUGAGCAGGAUGGUUAGCCACAAAGUUUUUAACUUUUCUAUGUUUGUGUAUUUUUAGUGCUUAAGUUGCAUUAGUUUGGUUUCAAAAGUUGAAGAAUUCUUUUAGAAAAUAUCUAAUACAAUGUGUUUGUCUGUGGGUCGAUAAAGUGUGUUAAUUGUUAGUUGAAGAAGUUGUUAACAAAGUUUUGAAAGCAAUGGAAUUAAUGUCUGACACUCAUUUUCAAGAUGAAAAGGAGGGUGUGAUAAUGUGAGAGAGAGGGAGAUGGCAACAAGCCCCCCGAUCCAACAGAUGUUGACGCAUCCUGUGCCGGAGUUCAGAGACGCCACCGACCACUACCGCAGUCCCAUCGAGGCCAGUCAUGAGAUUCUGCGCCCCAAACCGAGGAGGCCUGGCGGAGGAGGUAGUAGGGAGCUUGUUAAGAGCACCUCGGAAACAGCCUCUCAGCUACUGUCAUCAUCCUCAUCCCCUAGGGUAUCGAGUAGCAGCGCAACCCUAUCAAUCAAAGACGCCGCCUCACCAGUCGUAUCUCCGGCGGCGGUGGCAGUGAGUCGCGCGACACCCACCAAGCCGAGUCUGCCGCCUGUCGCGCCGGUCGCGUCGCUGUCGCCUGUCGCGUCGCUGUCGCCCGCCGCCGGCCACGAGUGCCAUGGCGAUGAGACGCUUGCCACGCCCACGCCUCGGAAGCCACAGCCGCCAACUGCCGCCUCCGCUACAGCGACUAAAAAGAGCGCGUUACCCCACCAUCAUCUCAGCGUUGAUGAGCUUCGGCUGCUCCAUGUCAAGCGAAGACAUGACUCGAACGGGAGCUCGUCGGACGACAAUCGGUCGUCAGGCCAUGCGAGUAUGUCUGACGGCCACACCAGCUCCAGUCCUCCCGUCGACCGCCAUCAUCACUACCGAUCGCAUCUCAACUCUGUCCCGGAAGAUGAACGACUGUCGGCGAGCGUGAUGCCGAGCCAGAGCCGGGGUUCGGCGGGCGGAGGUGGAGGCGGCGGAGGCGGUCGCAAAUCGGUACCGAGCCGCAGCCGGCACCGCGCCACCCCCGCCAAGCUGGUGCCGAGUGGCUCGGGCAUCGAGGACAUCAAGCUGGCCAUCCAGCAGCUGACCAUGCGCUCGCACACGUCUAACGCGGGCGGCGGCUACAGCACCAGCACCUACUCGAGUCUCAGCGGCAGCGAGAGUAGCGAGCCCGCUGUGCGACGCUUGAUGCGUCACUCGUCGCUUGAGACCAUCAACACCAACGUCACAUCGGCUGACGAGUUUGUCUGGGUCGAUUCGCAUAACAGACUAGUAGAACUGCAACACCUGCCGUGGUCCAAUCACGACGUGUUGCGAGUGAUCCAGAACGGGCGCGUGAAGGAGAACAUGGAGCGUGUAGCCAUGGAGACCAUUCCGCGUCUGUCCUACCUGUUGCAGCGGGCGCUGGUGCGGCUGGCAAGGGAGGCGCAGCGAUUGGCCAAGCCAGUUGGCAUGUGUGGCAAGCAGGAGGUGGCCAGUGCGCUGCGUAUCAUUCUAUGUCCCGUCUUGGCCGACUCUUGUAUCAAGGCUUGUCUGAGAUCGGCGGCCAUGUUUGCAAUGUCUGGCGACCAGCUGAAGCAGAGCAAGUCGAGCCGAGCCGGCCUGCAGCUGUCGGUCGGUCGAUUCCACCGCUGGAUGGUCGAUGUCCGGCUCGGAAAGUUUGUUCAUGAGUAUGCUGCUGUCUAUUUAGCAGCUGGAUUAGAAAACCUUCUAGAAGAAAUAAUUCUGCAAUGCUUGCCGAGCAAAGCCGACACAGUGCUGACCGCCUCGAUGUUCGAGCAUUCGAUUGCCAACAAUGGCGAUCUGUGGGGACUUCUGCAACCCUAUGCUCAUCUCAACACCGGGCGUACUGCCUCAGGCACUCUGGCUCUACCGCGCUGGGCCAGCAGCAGCAGCGUGGACAGUAGCGGCGUGGGGGCGGGGGGAUUGGGCGGGGCGGGGACAGCCAGUGGCCAAUCGCAGACGGGCAAGCGUAGCGAGCACUCGCUGCUCACCACCUGCGUCGGCUCCAUUCCAGAGCUGGCCGAUCUCAUUGCCGCCUGCACCAAUCACCUGCCACUGCAUUCCAGAGCCAUCACCUGGUCCAAUCAGGCUGUGCCCGCGCUCUUCUACUUCAUGCGAUGCUCACAGCUGGAGCACUCAGGCCCCGUUCAGGAGUUGGUGUACGAGCGCGCCUACGUGGUGCUGCCCCCGCUGGUGGAGUGGAUUCGCACCACGGCCGCCCACGCCGAGUACCGCCACUCGGCCCACAUCGACCAGGAUGACGUCAUGCAAGCGGCCCGCCUACUGCUGCCCGGUGUCGACUGUCCCAUACGUCAGCCUGGGUGUAACGAAGGAUUGAGUUCAAAACGACCUGGUGAUGAAGUUGAAACAGUUCGUCGUCUGAAGAUCUCCAUAGCUUUCCGAAUGCUCAGUUCUGCAUCUAGAGAAAUGGUUCCUCAUGCCUUACAGCUGCUGCCCAGUACAAAACUAAAUACGCUGUGUGACAGUGGCUUGACACCUUUGAUGUUGGCGUGCAUCAACAAUGACGAUCCGUUGGUUCGGAUGCUACUUGAAUUCGGUUGCGACCCGGAUGUUGAAACUCCUCCACAGGGAACUCAGAGUUGUCCGAACGUCCAGCCUGAAACACAGCAUUGGACAGCCCUGACUUAUGCCUCACUGCAGGGAAAUGUGGCCAUUGCUAAACUGCUGCUUGAUAGGGGUGCCAACGUCGAAGGAGGAGCUAAACUCAGUGAAGAAAAGUGCACUAUCACUCCUCUCCAGGUAGCGGCAGCGUCUGGUAACCUUGAAAUGGUGACUCUCCUUCUCUCUCAUGGUGCUCACAGUUUUCUUUCUACCUUGCUUAAAGACUCACUGUGCUACUCUGGCGCAGCUCAACGUGGCUGUUAUAGUGCAAUAGCAGUGGCAGCAGCUCACGGCCAACGGUCAGUGUUGCAUGCUCUCCUGUCUCAUCCUCUGAACCCCAACACCAAGGAGGUUCUCUCUCUGGAAGAGAUACUGGCUGAAGGUGCCAACCAACUCACAGCUGAUAGGAGGACUAACAGUCGUCUUCAGGGAAACAGUAAUGACGGAACUCCGACGGGUCUCUCACAAGUGCAAGUUUUGAAAUUGAGUAAAGCGCAAAUGAAAUGCCUUCAAGAAGCUGUCUACCACAGUACUGAGAACAAUCACUUGGAAAUGACGUUGGAGAUCAGGAAGCUGGGCGUGUCGUGGACGCUGCACUGUUGGAUGUGCACCCUGGCCACUGCGCAUGAGCACCACUUGGAGAACAUGAUCGACAAGCUGCUGCAGGACUUCCUGCAGGUGUGGCCCGACGACUGCUCCACCCAGUUCGUCGACGAGUGUCUGCCGCUGCUCUUCAACAUAUUCCGCUACAGCAAGAACGAAGGCACAAUCCUGCUGCUGGCGGACAUCUUUCAGACGUGCUUCGGCUGGGAGUCGAUCAAGCGGAUCCGCGACUCAACCCUGAGCGGCGGCGCGCGCAUCGAUCCCAAGUUCGUCAACAAUGCCGAGCUGAGUGACGUCCAAUUCCGCGUCGAGGGCCGCGUCUUCUACGGCCACAAGAUCGUGCUGGUCACCUCGUCGCCUCGCUUUCGCGGCAUGCUUAGCUCCAAGCUGUGCGAGGGAAAUCCGCCCAUUGUGCAGAUCAACGAUAUACGAUAUCACAUUUUCCAGCUGGUAAUGCAGUUCUUGUACAACGGCGGGUGUGAGACGCUGGAGGUGGACCAAAACGACGUGUUGGAGCUGAUGGCAGCCGCCAACUUCUUCCAGCUGGACGGUCUGCUCAGAUUCUGCGAGGCGCAGUGCUCAGACAUGGUCGAUCUCGACAACAUUGUCUCCAUGUACAUCCAUGCCAAGGUGUACAACGCAUGCCAGCUGAUGGAGUACUGCCAGGGCUUUCUGCUGCAGAACAUGGUGGCGCUGCUGACGUAUGACGACUCAGUGAAGCGGCUGCUGUUUGGCAAACGGUUGCACAACCACGAUGUGCUGGCUGGGUUAUUGCUGACGCUGCAGGCUCGCAUCAAGGACCGCAACAACGUCAUGCGGCCGGGGCCCAAGCCGGCCAACGUUCCAGUCAAGUGACCGCCAGCACGUUGCUUCAUUUAGAUGCUUCAGGGCGGCCACCGUUCCAGUCAAGUGACCGUACAAGUCUAGCUAUCCACAUUUAGAGUUUUGGACGUGCGAUUUUUUCCAUCCUGGAAAAUUCUAUUAGAUUAAGGCCCGCCGCAAAGUAGACCCACGCUAAUCCAUGAAAUGCAACCCACGCCGUGGGAUGUUUUGUAAACCAUUGCUAUAGAAUUAUUCAUAAUCAAUCAGCUGACAAGUGGAUCAUUCAUGUAUUACACAGAUGUCUGGAAAAGCCUGGCAAUUGUUUACAAAACAUCCUACGGCAUUGGUUGCUUUCAAAGACCUUAAAGAUGCAUAGACUCACAUGCAGCGGUAGUGUCGUACUUGGAAUUGAAAUCGGCCAUUGAGGGGGCAACCUAUAAGAUUAUUACAAACCAAUGCCUUUGUAAUCCGUAGUAUUACAAAUAUAUAGAUAUAAUAUCUCGUGCUAAAAUACCUCAAUGGUGGCCUUCAAUUUCAAGUAAAAGCUAUCAUUGGGAAGGCAUAGGCAUUGUGGGUUUAUAUCUCUUUAAGGUCUUUGGUUGCUUUUCAUGGAUUAGCGUGGGUCUACUUUGCGGCAGGCCUAACCAGAUGAUUUCCAACAGGUGAUGUUAGUCGAGUUCCGUUUAAUCUGAUAGAGAAUUCAUAAGGACAGCAAAAAAUCGAACGUCCAAAAAUCGAUGUGUGUGUAACUGGCUUAAUAUACAAGUUUCAUUAAGCUCCAAUUAAUACAAGUCAAUUUUUGAUAACCUAUAGAUGAUUCAGGACGACAUGCACCAUCUCAGUUUAAAUAGAGAUUGAUCAGAUGUUAGUUUAAACCUGGAGUAUAACACGUUAAAUUGAAAGACUGUGCAGACUAAACAAAACUGACUGGCUAAAAAAAAAAUACUUUUACUUGUGAUAUUUUGCAGUUUUCCAAUUCGUAUAUCAGUUGUAAAAUUAAGAAUUUUUUUCCGACUAUUAUUGCGCCUAAAGUUUAAAUUUUUCAAACUGAAUCAUUUCAAAUUCGGUGAGAGAGAAAUUCAUGAAAAUUUGAGGAUACAUUCUUCAUAAUAUUGACAAUUGAAUAAAUAAUUCCUCAAAAUUUUAUUUUUUGAAAAAGUUAUUCCAUUUUCAAAAAAUAACUCAAGUUGUGUUAUUUUUAGUCAUUUUGUGAAAAUUGAAUAACUUUUUCAAAAAAUAUAUUUUCUCAAAAAACUUUUAUCAUUUCAUCAACAAUACCUUAUCCUCAAAAUUUCAUGAAUUUAUCUCUUACCAAAUUUGAAACUAUCUCAAAAAAUAAUGAUCGGAUAAAAAGUUUCCUGAGAUUUUUUUGUAUUUAGAUAACUUGAUAGAAUCCAGAUCGAGAAACAUUCAAACAUAUGACCAGUAAGGCUAGAGCCACACGAGCGCACAUAGUGCGUCCGUUACAACUUACUUAUUGCGACCGUCGCCAAUGACACCACACGAGCGUUGAGUGUGGUGCGUCAACGUCAGUUGGCUUUACGCAAUUGAACCAGACGAAGCAAUAACUUUUGCUUGUCUCGACGUGCGUUGUAGCAUUUCUGCGCAGUUCAAAAUCACCGUCCGUUACGACUUCCGUUACUUGGUAUGCACGUACCUCGUGUGUUGUCACCAAUUCACUUCUAUGUAUUUCUACAACGGACGUCAAAAAGUAAGUUGCAACGCACGCACUUUGUGCGCUCGUGUGGCCCUAGCCUUAAUCGUACAUUAGCGUUUAACAUAGAUGGUGCAUAUCCUUUAGAUGGAACUCUCAUUAAAAUCUAGGACACCAUUAAAUAAAUGUAUCGGUUCCAUGGUCAAUUAGAUUUAAUAUAUGUCCCAGAAACCGUACUUUGAAUGCUUCAGGGCCAUGCAUCAUCUCUGUUCAAACGGGGAUUGAUAAUGUGUUGGGUUGAACCUGGAAUAUUAUACAAUUUUCAAAAUUGUGUUAGGAAUAGUAAGGGCUAUGCCUGCUUUUUCUUUCACUACGUAUUAUUGUCAUUACAUUGAAUAUAUGAGUAAAACAAUUAUAAUAAAUGCGAACAUAUCCUAAUGCAAACCUGGAUAAGCGUUGAACGUAGAUGUUGCAUAUCUCAAUAUUUAAACGGAGAUUGAUCAGCUUUCAGUUUUAACUUGGACUGUGACACAUUUCAAUAAAUGAAUCUACAUCUUUAUGUAAACCUGGAUUAACGUUUAUCGUUGGUGGUGCAUAACUCAGUUUAAAAUAUACUUUUAAAUCCUAUUUCUGGUUGAUUUUGUUUUUUGGGUACACUUUUGAAGUGUACAAGAGAUGGCUGGAUAGAGAAAUAGAACCAUAAGGGAAGUGCUUCCAUGUACAAAGUUAUUAUACUUUUAUUUGUUAUUAAUUUCUUACUAAAAUAAUGUCCCGAAUGCAUAUUUUUAUAACUAUAGAUUAGAAAUUUAUACGUGUAAAUUAUUACUGACCUUAUAUUGAAACGUACCGUAAAAUAAAGUUUACCCUCUAGUGCCCAUUACCAUGUCAAUUACCAGUGAAUCAACGGACUGUGUAAAAAUUGCUCAACAUAAAUACUUUUGUUACGGUCUUUACUUAUUGUUGAAUAUUUUAAUAAAUGAAUGAUGAGACUGGAUCUAAUUUUUAACGUUACAUCACAUUUUAUAGACGUACAACACAAAUUUAUUUGAGAAACAAAUAUUAAUCGAUCACAAAUGCUAAUAUAAUAACCAUUAUUAUAUUUACUAUUACUUUUUAUAUUGGAACAUUUUUUAGCUAUAAACCGAAAUAAAUUCAUCAAGUUUUAAUUUUUUUAUUGAGAUUCCAUUUUAAUAACCGAGUGCAAAUAGAAAAGACUUGAAAAAUGCUAUUCAAAAGUUAAAUUCAGGUUCUGAGCAUUUUAUGUUAAUUAUAUUGUGCCACAUUAGUUAUAGGAGAAAAUUUAUUAAUAAACACCCAAACUCUAUAUUUGUAUAACAAUAAAUUUAUAUUGUAUUUAUUUAUUUUCAAUUCGUAAUUUAGUUGUAAGAUUAGAAUGUUUUUGUAAUAUUUUUUUAUAUUAUGAGAAACAAACUCAUUCUAAAAUAUAUUUUUCUUUUCUAUUGUGAUAAGAGAAACUUAAUUAUGAAUUAUGCGGUAUCUAUUUUGAUAAUUAUGAAAAAUUGUAUUUUGAUACUGUGAAAAAUUAAUAAUUUGAAGAUGAUUAACAUGAUGUUAUAAAUCUUACUUAAUCUUUUAUUUUAAUGAGGGACAAACUCAGUGUAAAAUAGAUCUUUGCUUUAAAAUGAGAAUAAUUUCAUAUCAAAUUCUAGUAGAUAGUCUUAAAUCAGAAUGGAUAAUUUUUUUGAAUGAAUGCCACAAACUCUUUAUAAUAAAGUUAAUUGGUUCCAUUGAAUGGGAUAAUGUUAUUGGUUUCAUGUGAUAAAAAUAUGCGACCAUUAAGAAAUAGAUUUCUCUCUUUCAACUUUGAACUGAUAACUGCACUGAUAUUCUGAUAACUGAUUAAUUCAUAUUUGUAUCCAUUAAAAAAUAUCUUGAAUUAUGAAUGAAUAUUGUUUACAUAUCGAAUCCGUUCUACAUUUUUAUUGAAUAUAGAUUUUUAAAAUAAAAGAUGAUUUUAUCUACGAUCGAUGUUGUUCUAAAAUGAACUAAAUAAUAGUCAUAUCAAGAUUUAUUUUUCAGGUGCUUAAUAAAGUUCGUUUUUUUAGCUGUCUAAUUCAAUAAGAGAUUGGCUUUGUUGCACAUUUUCACAAAAUGUUUGUUUGAAAACGUUUUGUGUUGAUAUUUUGAAAUAGUAUCUUCAGGAAUACUCACAUAAGAUAAAACAUGUCAAAAUAAUAUUGCAUAAACCACAAAUACACAGGGUAGUACCUACUGAAAACAAAAGCAUCACUCACUUCACUAAGAGAAGAGUAAGGGCCAGACCACAUUUGAGUGUUUCAGGUGCUUCAGGUAACAACCCAAUCAGUCAAUCGGAGCUGAGAGCUUCGUGCCCUGUCCACUCUAAAAACGCCUGAAACCCGCUUAAGGCUCCAAGUCUUACUCUGCCAACAGUAUUACAUAUGGUCCUCUUUUUCUAUGUUAGUGUAUAAAUUGUUAAUUGAGUUAUAUCUAUGAUGCGUAUACUGUUAUUUUAUAUAAUUGGCUUGGCUUUUAUAAUUUUUCUAUAACUGUAAUUACUUUGAAAUAAAAUAUUUUCUAUUUUCUAA